AUGGGCUCAGAAACCGACACUUGGAAGGCUGAGAAUGUGCUUGACACCAUCAGGUUGGAGGACACGCAGUCAGCGCAGUCCUUUGAGUUCCCGUCUGCCGUCAGCGCUCUCCAUGGAAAUUCAAAGCAACUGAAGCGAAUCCGAAGACGCCUCGAUUUCCGUCUGACUGCCAUGUUGGCAGUGCUCUACAUCUGUGCUUUCCUUGAUCGGGCAAAUCUAGCCAACGCAAAUAUUGCUGGCAUGGGCAAUGCCCUGAAGCUCAGCAUUGGAAACCGCUAUUCCGUUAUCACCAUGAUCUUCUUCGUUGGGUACUCUAUCAUCGAAAUACCGGCUACCAUGAUGAUCCGAAAGUUGAGCCCGACAAAAACCCUUCCAACGUUUGUCCUGUGUUUUGGGGUCAUUACGAUAGGCCAAGGUUUCCUACAAGGCUGGGGCGAGCUCCUGGUUUGUCGCAUUCUACUUGGUCUCUUUGAAGGUGCCUUUCUUCCAGGAGCGGUAUUCGUCAUGCAGAUGUACUACGCGAGGUUCGAAUUUCAAAAAAGAAUUGCACUUUUCUACAUGGUUGUAAUUGCUGCCAGUGGCCUAUCGGGCCUUCUGGCGUACGGAAUCGAGAAAAUGGACGGCACCUCGAGUCUUGAUGGAUGGCGCUGGAUCUUUAUUCUUGAGGGCGUCGCUACGUGUGCUGUGGCAUUGGUGGCAUAUGUGGUCCUUGUCGACUUCCCGGAUCAAGCCACACGAACAAACUUUGUGACCCGUCGUGCAUUUCUCAAUGAAGACGACAAAGCCGCUCUCAUGGCUUAUAUCGAGCAGGACCGCGGCCAGACUGCGUCCGAAGAGUUUGGUUGGCGACGUAUGCUUCGACAUCUGCUUGAGUGGGAGUGUUGGGAGUACGCUUCUUUCGUGGUGAUAAAUAAUACAGGACUUUACGCCUUUAAUUUCUUCCUACCUAUCAUCCUGAGCCAGGGAUUUGGUUAUUCAGCUGGAAGGGCGAAUCUAUUGACAUUCCCGCCAUUUGCGGCCGCACUUCCGUGGAUGUAUAUUGUAUCUUGGUUCAAUGACAAGUUCCAUACAAGGGGACCUUCGAUGGUUCUUAACUCCGUCCUCUACAUAGUAGGAGUUUCGAUUGUCGCUUUUCUCAAAACCAGCUCUACACGCUAUGGUGGCGUUUUCCUCGGUGUUUUGGGUAUUGCCGGCAACAUCCCAACUCAAACGGCUUAUCAACAUUCAAAUAUGCUUGGCCACUCUAAGAGAGCACUGACCUUAUGCUUGAUGACAAUGGGUGGCGCCGUAGGUGGUAUCAUUGCUGGCAAUAUCUUCCGUGCCCAUGAUGCACCGACCUACACGCCUGCAAUCUGCACCUGUAUUGCUAUCCAGGCCGUUCAAAUAUGCAUUCUUGUAAAGAACUUCUUUUAUUUCAGCUAUUGUAACCGUAGAGCGGACCGCGGAGACAUGGUCAUUCAAGGAAAUCCAGCGUUCAGGUACACUCUUUGA